GUUUCAUUGUUUCAUUGGCAUGUGUCAAUAACUGAAAAUCUCUCGUACAUAACUCCUCCUCAUAAAUCAUCACAAAAAUGUCCCUAUUUUGGUCGCGUAAACUCCUAAACCCCAUCAGCAAAUUCUCCACAAUCACCAGCACCACGUGCAAUGCGGAAGGCACGCAAAACGCCAAAACUCCACAACUGCCCAAAAUUUUGACUCCCAACCUGACGGAGGAGGAAUGUACGAAACUGGCCAUGUCGCCAAAAGAGCCCCAAAUCUCGAAACACAAGCACUUGUCGGAGUGCCAGCUGACGGGCGCCUUGUACCCGAAAAAGGACCUCUUCUGGAAACCGGAGACCGAACAAUCGAGCUUCGACGUACUGCUCGAGGGGCCGACGAAUUUCUGGAGACGGAUCGGCGGAAUGGACGAAGUACCGCAAACGGUAACGAGUCCGUCGCCGUGUCGCAUCAACGGGGCCCGGAUUCCCGUGAUCAUGGAGAAGGGGACUGCUCACUACGUCGAUUUGCCCGCCUUCAAUCCGGGCGACAAGCUUCAGCUGGGGAAGAGGGAGUGUCCCUCCAAGCCGCCGGGUAAGGAUAGAGCACCCAAGAGAGACCCAGACUACAUUCCGGACAACUGUCGCGAGGGCUACUUCGACCCGGACUAUUUCGAGCCACAGCCGGCACCCACCAGCGAUAAGAAGUACAAAGUGAGGGACAAGCGCUACUUCGAACCGCAUGAAGUCCCAAAGGACAGGACGGUAGAACGCGGUUCCAAAAAGGGAGCCGGUUGGAGAAGGAAACCCAACUACGAUCAUCAGCCCUGCGGACCCGUGACCAAAACUUGGGAUUCCGAUUGGAGGAAGAAAAAAUAAGAAUCCAAUCAGUUUAUUUUUUAAUUAACCAAUAAAAACAUUCGAUUGAACAACUUUGUUUGCUUGGUGUUAAGAAAAAAAAAAAAAAAUAAAUAAAAUGUAAAUAAAUGAACGGGUCGUCAAGGUAAAUCUGUUGGUUGUCAACCGACGACUGUCAUAGUCAUAAAAUUUCAGUAACAUCACCGACCGCACAUAAUGUUCCUCCGCUUGAACAAGGCCAAUAUUCCCAGUCAUUUCUAUCGACUGUCGAAUCUGCACCAGUCUUCACCCAACUUUCGACCGGGGAGAAGAACGGCGGACCAGGAGCGUGACCACGCGGAUCGGAAACGCAGUCUCGCCGAAGUUGCGCUCGAGGAAAGGAAGUUGAGACUUCUGCAAAACCUACACGACUUGGAGGACCGAGGAAGGGAGGUCGAAAAUCUCACCCACCAAACCGAGGUGUGGUGGAGGGAGAAGUACAUAAUGAAGAACAUAGCGGCGGUGCAGAGGAAAUGGCCGAAGAAAAAGAACAAGAAAGCAGAGGACAUUAGGCAGCGCAAGAAGUAUCAGUUCGACCAUGGUGAGGGCUUCAUGCUGGUAGAAAAUUUGCGGGAGCUCAUCGAAAGGAAGAAAUCUUAUUGACAAACAUUUACGCAUUAAUAAAUGAAACAUAAUAUUUA